AUGUGGAUAAGGACUUACUGUUAUGGGCAGUGGACCAUGAAAAAUGUGUCUGGUUACAGCGCUGUUAUCAACUCACCUACACAGAUUACUCUCACCAUUCAGUCUUUCAACCCUGCAGUAGAUGAUGGAGAGUGGAUCUGUCGUGAUGGACCAACGGGUGAAGGCCAAACUACUUGUAUCAUGACUGUACAACAUGGUCCAGACAGCGUUCGGUUUAUUUCUCAGCCACCUGAUAACAUCAGAGAAGGAAGGAGUUUGACUGUGAAAUGUGCUGCAGACUGUAAUCCACCAUGCCACUACUCCUGGACAUUGAAUAAUGAACAAAUCUCAUCAGGCUCCGUGUUAAACCUGACAGACAUCAACAGAACGCAGGCAGGAGUGUACAACUGUACAGUGACCAACUCAUUUAUACCACAGUCUAAAAGUAAACAGUUUACGCUGAGAGUUUACUAUCCACCCAGUGAAGCUCCAGUUAUUUCAGGAACAGUAUUUCCUGUGUUUGAGGGUGAUGUCAUAUCACUGCACUGUUCUACAACAGGUGGAAACCCGAAACCAACUCUGACUUGGUCCUGUUCUGGAGGAUCUACUUCUUGUUCUAACACUGACAGUGGAGAAACCAGAACCUGUACAAUAUCAUUUACAGCCAACAGACGUCAGAAUAACGUAGACUGUGUGUGUACUCCAUCCUGGCAGUACGGUGGAUACACUGAGAGUAAAUCCAGGAAGAUGAUUGUUUACUAUUCUCCUAGCACACCAAGUAUGACGUCAAAUCCUCCGCAGCCAUGGCUUGAAGACAGAUCAGCGUCACUGAUAUGUUCUUUACCUAGCAGAGAUGAAGGAAACCCAGAGGCUUCCUUUCACUGGAUUAGAAAUAACAAUGAUAUAGAACAUACAGGAUUCAACUACACGUUCACACCAUCAAAGGAAGACAACGGAGACGAGUACAAGUGUACAGCUGGGAAUCUCUUCACAGACAGAGACGGACAAUCUAGACCUGAGUCCAGACCAGUGCAGCUCAAUGUUUACUAUUCCGCACGGGUGACGAUAUCCUCAGAUAAACACACAAGAGUAGAGCGGGGGAAACUGCUCAUAUUACGCUGUUCCGCUGACAGUAACCCAGCCACCCCUACGCUCGAGUGGACUCGCGGCAGGACACGUGUAGUUGAUGGUCCUGUGUUACAGAUUGCUGCGUUCCGAGACUCUGACCAAGGAGAGUACACGUGUUCAACGACAACUGUGUCCGCUCGAUAUGGUUCUCUGACAGGCUCAGCCAGCGUUAUUGUCACUGAUAUGGUUCUCCGACAGGCUCAGCCAGCGUUAUUGUCACUGGUGAGUAGAUCUUUGUUAUUUAUUGAGACACUUCAACUGUGUCUGCUAGAUAUGGUUCUCCGACAGGCUCAGCCAGCGUUAUUGUCACUG